UGCUGGUUUAGUCCAUAGUUUAGUCCUGGUUCAGUCCUGGUCUAGUCCUGGUUUAGUCCCAGUUCUACUCAUGGGUCUGGAAGUCUUGUUGUUCGUGCUGUUUCUCGGCUGUUCAGGUUUAUCCUCAGACUGUUUCCGGGGUCUGGACGUGGUUUUCCUGGUGGAUUCUUCUACGAGCGUCUCUCCCCGGGACAUUAUAAACAUCAGGUCGUUCUUGGAGUCCGUCGCCAACUCUUUCUCGCCUGGACCCAACGGGACCCGGGUGGGACUGGUCCAGUUCAGCACAAAGGUCCAGGUUCUGAUCGGCCCAAACCGGAAAUAUAACCAGACUGUUUUCCGGAGAGCCUUAAGGAGGAAGAGACUGAACGGAGACACUAACACAGGUGCAGCUCUGGAGUUCGUCUUGACCAGGUUCUUCUCAAACUGCACUCGACCCAAAGUCCUGGUCCUGAUCACAGACGGAGAAGCGACGGACGACGUGAGCGACGGCGCCGAAGAACUGCACCGGAGAGGAGUCCAAGUGUACAGCAUCGAGCCGAGUCAGGGAAGAGUCCAGCGGGUCCGGACGAGCGGGUCCGGACGGGCGGGUCCGGACGGGCGGGUCCGGACGGGCGGGUCCGGACGAAUCCUCGCUGCACCGCGGGGCGUUCACAGAUACUCUGUAAAAACCCCCUGCCCCCCCCACGUGUCUCUGCAGCCCCCACACCCCCCUCUCCUCUGGGGCCCCCUCUCCUCUGAGGCCCCCCUCUCCUCUGAGGCCCCCCUCUCCUCUGAGGCUCCCCUUUCCCCUGAGACCCCUCUGUCUUCUGGGGCCCCCCUUUCUUCUGGGGCCCCCCUCUUCCCUGAGGCCCCCUCUCCUCUGGGGUUCCCAUUUCUUCUGGGGCCCCCCUCUCCCCUGAGGCCCCCCUCUCUUCCGGGGCCCCUCUCUCCCCUGCGGCCCCUCUGUCUUCCGGGGCCCCUCUCUCCUGUGAGGCCCCCCUCUCGUGGGGCCCCUGUCUCCUCUUGGGCCCUGUCCUCGGAGCCGCCCCUGGUCCCGUGGGGUCUGGACGUCGUCGUCUCUUGUUUUGUUGGACCGGAUUUUUCUGGCGGACAUUUUGUCCUCAUGACGCCCGUCGGAAACCACACCCUCCCAGCUGUCAAUCACUCGGCUCACUUCCUGUUCCCGGCCUUUAGCCCCGCCCACUCAGGGGAGUACACCUGCGUUUACCUGCUGCACCUGCCCUGCCGAAACCACACCCUCCUGAGCCCCGCCCUCCACCUCAUGCUCGGAGUUCCAAACUUUCACCUCGUGAUUCGAGCUGGAGUUGCGUUUUUCAUCAUCCUCAUCUCCACCAUCCUCCUCCACCACUACUACAAGCCCAGCAGGGGGCAGCAGCGCGCGCGGCUGUGA